UUUCCUUUUGACACAGAAAUGAUUCAACCCCGAACUGCAUAUAUACUCGGACUAGUGAUUAUGCCUAUGGUUGCACCAAGUCUUGCAUUACCCACUCCACAUUCACACACAUACACAGCCAUUGCCAAGCGCUCCAACAUUAUCGAUUCUCUCAUUUCGAUAUUGGUGAUUGUUCUUGGUUUUGGAGGCAAAUUGGUCAGCAGCGGCGUCGAUAUCAACACCAGACCACAAGUGACGAUGCCGGAUACGGGCAAAGGUAGACCAAUCCGGAACAACCUUGAUAUCGAAGCUACAAUAGUACAUUACGCAGGGUAUGCUGAAGGGCCUUACGAGUUGACCGGAAAGUCAUGGAGCUGCCAGACAUGCCAGAAGCCAGAAUUCCAAGGAACUAUCGUCGAUGUCUACUGGGAGAACGCCAUUAACGGCAGCACCGGGUAUAUCGCUCACAAUCCAAAAGAGAAGCUUAUCGUCAUCUCGUUCCGUGGUUCUAAGGAGCUGAGCGAUUGGAGAGAUUCACUCAAUAUUGACCUGGUUCCAUGGCCUGCAAGCAUCCCUGGGUCUCAGGUAAUGGCAGGUGUUCAUGAAGGAUACGCGUCACUCGAACCUCGGAUCAUUCCUUAUGUUGCUAGCCUCGCGGAGCGGUAUCCUGACUAUGCAAUACUCGCUACUGGGCAUUCAUUAGGUGGGUCCCGUGCAUCAUUGUGCGCACUGGAUCUCAGCAUCCAGCAUCCACAACUAGUGAGCAGACUACGCUUAUACACGUAUGGAAUUCCAAAGCUAGGCAACUCUGAGUUUGCUAAUGCAAUCAACAGGCUUGAGAUUCCAGCCUAUCGUGCCGUGAACCGAGGUGACAUUGCGGCACAUUUACCUCCAGACAACCCAGAAUACGUACACUUUGGCACAGAAGUGUGGUUUCAGGAUGGGAACGUCACACUAUGUUAUCUGGACCGCCGUGGCCAGUGUUCAGACACAUUAUCAAUAUUUGAAUUGAGUAUAUAUGAUCAUUCGAGCUACCCAGGGAUGUAG